AUGACGAGUGAUAUAAUUAUAAAUAAAGCAGAUUUUCAACGUCAUUUAAAUGGUUGUGAACGACGUUUAAAUGAUUUAACCAAUUCACUUCAAUCAAUAGAAAAAUUUGCUCAAAAAUUAUUAAUCAAUAAUAAUGAAAAAGAACAAGAAAUUUAUUUCAAACAAUUAGAUGAAAUAAUACCACAAAUUAAAUUUCUUUAUUCAUCUAUGAUCACAUUAGAUCAAUCAUCAUUUGUCGAAAAUGGAAGAAAACGUAUAGAUUCUUUAAAAAGUAAUCUUGAAAAAAAUCGAAUUAAAUUUGAACAAAUUCAACAAUAUGCUCGAAUUAAAUUUGGUUAUGAAUAUAAAUUAGAUGAUUUUGAAGAAAUGAAUGGUGAACAACAAGAACAAUCAUUAAAAUUAAUCGAGAAAAAAUCUAAUGAUGAACGAAUUGAAUUAGAUGUUAUUAAAGAACAUACAGUUAUUGUUAAUGGUUUAGAAAAAGAUAUAAGUGAAUUACAUGGAGCAUUUAUUGAUAUUAAUCGUCUUAUACAUGAACAAGGAGCAAUGGUUGAUACUAUUGAACAUGCAUUAACAACUACAGAUGUAAUCGUACAUGAAGCAAAAGAAGCUAUUCAAACAGCUGUUGAUGUUAAAAAACGUUCGUCGCGUAAAAAAUGGAUUUUGAUUUUUGUUCUUAUUUCUAUUUUAAUUAUUAUUAUAGUUAUAUUGUGUGUUAUAUAUAAAGUUACUCCUCCUAUUGGUUAA